UUUCUUUCUAUUUUUUUUUUUGUCCUGGUUUAGUGAGAAUUUCAUUUGGUGCUUUUCUUUCUUUUCUUUUGUAAUUCCUUUCACGGCCGGCAGUUGCUUCCUUGUUCCCCUCGUCAUUUUGGCGGCAACGAGCGUGGCCGGAGUUUUUGGUUUUCCGUGGAUCCAUCCCCCAUUAUUUUUCGUAGAUACAUCUUUCUGCAAAUUGGGGAGGGAGGACAUGGAGUGGACGCCGGCGGUGGCGAUGAACGUGGUCGAUUGGUGGGAAGACGUCAACAAUUCCACGGUUUGGCAGAACAGGAUCUUCUAUACCCUCUCCGCCCUCUACGGAUUAGUUGCUGCCGUGGCCCUCAUACAACUUGUGCGAAUUGAAGUAAGAGUUCCCGAAUAUGGUUGGACCACACAGAAGGUUUUCCAUUUUUUGAAUUUUGUAGUCAAUGGAGUUAGGUCUGUGGUGUUUGUUUUCCGUAGGGGUGUACAGAGAAUGACACCUGAGAUUCUCCAACAUGCUCUUCUAGAUAUGCCUAGUCUUGUAUUUUUUACAACAUACGCAUUGCUGGUUCUUUUCUGGGCCGAAAUAUACUAUCAGGCGAGGGGUAUAUCUACUGAUGGUUUGAGGCCAACCUUCCUCACGAUAAACGGGGUGAUUUAUGCAAUUCAGAUAGCACUGUGGUUGGUUAUGUGGUGGAAGCCUGUUCAUUUUGUGGUCACCCUCUCCAAGCUUUUCUUUGCAGCGGUGUCAUUGUUUGCAUCCCUCGGAUUCCUUCUCUAUGGCGGGAGGCUUUUCCUGAUGCUGCAACGAUUUCCUGUUGAAUCAAAAGGGCGACGUAAAAAGUUACAGGAGGUUGGCUAUGUUACCACCAUAUGUUUCACAUGUUUCUUGAUUAGGUGUAUCAUGAUGUGCUUCUGUGCAUUUGAAAAAGCUGCAAACCUUGACGUUUUGAACCAUCCUGUUCUGAAUUUCAUAUAUUACGUGCUUGUGGAAAUCGUCCCGUCUGCUCUGGUGCUUUUCAUUUUGAGGAAGUUGCCGCCGAAGCGUGGUGUUACCCAAUAUCACCCCAUCCGUUAGAGAAGACAGGCAGAAAGCAGCGUCUCAUGCAGCAAUUACCCAUCAAAGAGGAGGGAUUAUGAGGAACUUUUAUGCCAGCCAACCUAAUUUGACCAAGAGGCAAGUUUAUGUUUGUAAGCUUUAAAAUGUUCGCUCUUGGUGUGAGAUCUGGAACAUGGUUAUAUCGUUAUCCUGCAUGCCAUGCUUCUCAGCGAUCACCCACGCUUGUGUCUCCAGACUAUCUGUAAAGUUGUGAAAUAUCUAAAGAAGUUUACGAGAAGGUCGUACAUCUA